AUGGAUAAUCCUGGAAUAAUGGAUCCUUCAGCAUCGCUUUUAAAAAUUACUACAAUUACUACUACCAUAAACACGACUAUUCCGUCUGAUUCUAAUGCAACCUUGUCAAUCAGUCAGAACUUAAGUCAAGAAGCCACCUCAGAACCACCAGAACCACCAGAGCCACUAGAUAUAACUUCUAAUCCUGGCUCUACCACGAAUUUUACUUUUACUCAAAAUCAACAACAAUUUGGCCCAAACUUCAAUGUUUCUAAUGAUACAACUACAGACACAACCUUUACAAAUACUUCAACUAUUGUACCACCAUUAGAAGCUUCAAAUAUUGAUGAUACAUCAAUUAUCACUACUACUACAUCGUUACCACCAUCUUCCUCUUUCUCAUCACAACAAACUCAAUAUACCGUAUCAUCAAAUCCUUUAACUUCUUUGUUAAAGAGUUUUUAUCCUUCAUCGUCAUCUGUAACAACAAUAACCACCACCAGUGGUGUUGAACCAUCAUCACAAAUUAAAGUCCUUUUUGGUCAAUUUUCUAUACCACAAAAUAUUGAAGAAAGUCAACAGCCUACUAUUUUCCAAACAACGUCCGAAACAGUUGAUAUUACUACUCAGGACAUUAACUUAGAUACUACCAAAGACACUAAACAAUCUUCAACAUUAUCGUCAACAAUAAUACCAUCAUCAUCUACUACUUUAACAAAUACUACCAUCACUACAACAACCACCACUACUGCAGCAACAAACGACGCUAAUAGUAACAAUAAUAACAAACCAUUGUUUACUUAUAAAAAUCCAUUUGAUCUUUUUAAACAACAAUCUCCACCCCCUUCGCCUACCUCUUCCACUUCUAAUCCUGAUCAACAGCAAUUCAAUUCAUCUUGGUUUUCUUCUCAUAAAAAAAAUGAAACCCAAUCAUCUUCAUCUUCAUCACAAAAAGAGAGUGGUGGUAUGUUACCAAAACCAUUACACAGUGUUGAAACACAUCUUUCAAGUUACUCUGCUUGGAAUGUUCGUGCUGUCAGUAAAUUAAAACAACAGUCAAAUUUUCCUGAUGGUGUACGAUUACCAAGAGGAGUUCUUUUAUAUGAUACUGGCAAUCGUAAUGAAAAUGUUUUGUGUACAAAAGAUUUGGAUCUCACUACAAUAACACUUGUUUUAAAUGAAUUGGAAUAUCGCUCAGGAAAAUUGAUAGCCGUUAAUAAUUCUUUUAUUUGUUAUCAUAUUAAAGGAGGAAAAAUUCGGGUUAUUGAUACUUUAUUCGGGAGUAAACUUUUAUUAAAGAGUCAAGAUAAAUCUAUAAUUGAUCUAUGCAUUCAUCAUGUUCCCUACGAACCAAAGGAUGCGGAUAAUGACAAAUCUUUUAAAUAUUUGCUUCUAGUACUUGGAGAGAGUAGGAUUACAAUUUGGGAGCUUUCACUUUCAUCAGGUGGAUCAGAUUCAGAAAUAUUAUCUAAACUCUUACUUGAAAUUGAUGGUAAAGCUUUGAUGGAAGAUAACAAUAAUCAACCAAGAUUUCAUAGAGCAAUUUGGCAUACAGUAAAUCCUAAUAUCUUUGCAGUGGUAGUUGAUUUUAAUGACGUUUGGAUCAUAAAUAUUGCAAAAAUAUUAUCAAUAAAUAAUAAACCUUCAAAUGUCAAGGUCAAUGAAACUGAUAUUGCUGAUUAUGUUUUGAAAACAGGAAAAUAUGGAAAGUUAAUUAGCGAUUUGGCAUUUUCACCCGAUGGAUCUACUUUAGCAACUGCAAAUGAUGACAGUGUUAUUUUUUGGAAAUCGAAUUUCAAUAUGAAUGAUGUCACCAGCAAUGAUGAUAAUAGUGACGAAUUUAGCAAUGGCAAUCUUGAUCCUAUCAAAAAAAUAAUUUUAGACGGGCAACAAGUUUCCUCAGUUUUGUUUGUUGAUGAUAGUGAUGAUAAUAGUAAUACGACUUUAGAACAUAAUAAUAGUUCAUCUUCAAAUUUCCGAUAUGUAGUUCUUGGUACUGAACUUAACACUAAUCUUCACCUUUACGAUGUUGAAACAGCUCAAUACAUUCAAUCUAUCAAAUUUUUGCCACCUCCACCGGAACGACACGCCUUCUCCACUAAAAAAUCAUCUAAUAGUCGUAAUAAAGAAGAACAACCAAUGUUCAAUUGUAUUGGUUACGAAAGAACCAAUCGGACUUUAUUAGUUGGAAAUAGCGCUAGAGUCUCAAUAUUUGCCUUACGUUUGAAUCUACCCAGUCGUAAAAAACUAGAUUCGUCAUCAUUUGAUGAUUCGGUCCAAUUCAAUUAUAUGAUUGAAUUUCCAGUUGGACAAUUGAUUGGAAAUUUUGUUGUUAUCCCAGAUGCAACUAGUGGAAAUGGCGUUUUAACAUUUUGUACUCAAACAAAAGCUGUUCAACAAUAUCAUAUUCGUAAUGAAUUAUUACUACCAAACAAUUUCAAAGAAUGCCCGGAAUUUGUUAAUGAAGAAGAAACUAUUACAAAUGAUGUUGAUAAGAAAGAUAUUGAAGGUUCAUCAACCAAUAGAAAUAUAAUUCUCGAAUCAUCUUCUACAUCUUCUACCACCGCCAUAUUAGAUUCAAAUAAUAAUGCCACAAGUUCUUCUAACCAAAAUGUGAUAGAAUUCCCUUCUGACCCUGAAAGAACAACUACAAGAAGAAAAGAACAACAUGCUAAAUCAUCUAGCAAAAAAGGUGAUAACAUAACAACGACAAAUAAAUCUGGUGGUGGCGGUGGAAAUGAUAAUAAUAGUAGCAAAUCAAAAAAGACAGAAGAAAAUUCUAGAAAUUCUGGCGAAAUAAAAAAAAUGGAAGAUACUGUUUCCAACAAGCUUGGAAAACUAUUUUCUAAAGAAUUGGAAAAACAAUUUCAAAAGAUUGAAGAAGAUCGUAUUGCUCAUCAAGCAGCUGAAACGUCACGUCAAGAAACAAUUUUAAAAGUCGUUUCACAAACACUUAGUACAAACACUGCAAAAUUAUUGGAGACGACAGUUCGUAAUGAAAUUCAAAUUAAUGUUCUUCCGUCAUUAAGUAAGAUGGUCAACAGUGCAAUAGAUAAGCAUGUUCAUAGAGGAAUAACUGAAGCAAUGAAUAAGAGUAUUCCAAAUACCAUAGAAAAAUCUAUCUCAGAUCAAAUACAAAGGAUGCUAGCAAAGAAUGCAGUCAUUGAACCCAUAGCUAAAGGAGUAUCCAAAACAAUAAAACCAGUGAUCGAAGAAAACUUUAGAGAUUACUUUGAAAACAUAAUCGUUCCAACAUUUGAAAAAUCAACAAAUUCAAUGUUUGAUCAAAUCACUUCUAUGCUUGAAUCUGGUCUUCGGGAUAUUAGUAUUAGUACAACCACUCCACAAUCGUCAUCAACAACAGUUCUUCACGAUCAAAAUGCUACAAAUAAUAUAACAAGAUUACAAACUUCCGUUGAUCAUCUUACUUUGCAAGUACAACAAUUGCAACAAUUCUUGCAAUCACAACAACAACCUACCACUCCUGAUGGACUUAGUGCUGUUUCUGCUGAUCGUCUUUUAGAAAUGGGAAAUUAUGAUGAUGCUUUUGCUACAAUUUUAGCAACACAUGACCUACAAUCUAUUCUUCGUUUAUGUAGCAAGGUUAAUCCUAGUGUUAUAUUUGAUUCUUCGAGUAAUUUAGUUUCUCAGCCUGUUAUUCUUUCCCUUGUUCACCACCUAUCUAUGGAUCUUCAUAAAUAUCAAGAAUUUAAGUUAAAUUGGCUGGAAGAAACUAUCAUCAAACUUAAUCCUAAGGACCCACUUAUCAAAGAUCACUCUGAAAGGAUUUUACCAACAGUUAAACAACGUCUUGAAGAGCGUUACUUUCAAGUGGAUACUCAGGAUAGUAAUGAUCCAACUUUAAAAUCUAUUUCAUUUUUGGUUCGUGUACUGAAUAAUUUGACGGUAUAA